UCGGUAUCGAUGCUUACUCGGGCCAAUGGCGGACAGAGAGCGGGAGCAGAGAAAGCGCACUCCGCCGAGGGGCUUCAGGUUGACCCAUGACAUUAGCCUGGAUGAAUUUGAAGAUGACGAUCUGUCGGAGAUCACAGAAAUCACAGAUGAAAGAGGGAUGAGUCUCAACUGUAACGGGCCAGACCUGAAGGGUCACAUGCGGCGGGGGACCAAUAGCGUGGCUCGGGGGGCGGAGCUAGGGGCAGUUGGGCAUUUGCAGGCCGAGAUGCUUCACAUGGACCUGAUAGACGGAGGGGCUGUGGACUGCUCAGACGCUGUCACGUCAAAGGCCUCGUCCUCAGCUCUCUCUACCCUGCCUGUCACCAAGGAGACCACCGCGCCGCCCGUCACCAUGGAUACGUACCGACCCAAAAGACCCACCACCCUGAACCUGUUCCCGAUUGUCCCGCGCACACAGGACACUCUGAACAAUAACUCGUUUGGAAAGAAGUUUAGUUGGCAGGAGAAGGUGUCGGGGUCGUCUCCACAGAAAACUGGUGAGCGCACCCCACCUCGAGAGCACAGCUGUCUGAGUGACGAGGAUAAAGUCCAAUCAGCUCAGACAAAAGACAGAGGCACCUCCACUGACGCCCCCUGCAGGCACAACCACACAUCGCACUCCUCCUCCUGCUCUUCCGCCCGCUCCAAAGACAAACCCCCUGCCCCUCCUCCCCCUCCCCAAAACUACACGCCUGCUCCCCUGUACCCAAGCAACAAGACCUCCACCGACCCGCCUCGUCUUGAGCCCACAGAAGAGAUCUACCUUACGCCAGUUCAGCGCUCAUCUUCGGGGGCCCUGGACUCCGCCACAGCCGCUCCGGAUCGGCCGUUUCUGUCCCAACAAACCGAACAAGGGCGCAUGUCUAUAAGCUCCGACACAGAGGGACCACCGCCUUACCAACCUCUACCGGACAGAACCGACCAGUGCAUUUUCGAAGAAGACGAAAUCUACAUUCCUCCACCCUCCUACGCCUCCUGUGUGGAAUCACUCAUAACUCCACCUCACUCCUCCUCCCUUGCGCUGGACUUAAGCCUAAAAACAUCUGGACUUGGGGCAUUCAGAGUCGGUUCAUCUGUAGAAUACGUUGAUGCUACCGAUGACAGCUACUGCGGCGAAGACGAAGACGUCGAUAGAAUUAUGAUGGAGGGUAGACGGAAAAGCAAAGAGCAGCAGGCCUUAACGACGUCGCUAAGGACUUCCAUGAGCCCGGAAGCUAGUGGUUUAACGUACGAUUCUGUAAAAUACACUUUAGUGGUGGACGAAAAUGCGCAGCUUGAACUGGUUAGCUUGCGGCAGUGCUACCAGGGCUAUAGUGAUGAUAGCGAUUCGGCCACGGUUUACGAUAAUUGUGUUUCGUCACCGUACGAGUCUGCUCUAGGCGAGGAGUACGAAGAUGAAGACGAAGAAGUGGAUGGGGCGCAGGUGGGCGGAGUCAGAAGAGAAGGAACUGCAUGUUUAUCUGAUGACUCUUCCACCGACGGAGAUCUGCACUUCUCCAAAAAAUUCCUCAAUGUGUUCCUCAACGGACGGUCUAGCUCCUCAAGCGCAGAGUCAUUCGGCCUGUUUUCUUGUGUGAUUGACGGAGAGGAGCGGGAGCAGACUCACAGAGCUGUGUACAGAUUUGUCCCACGUCAUGAGGACGAGCUGGAGCUGGAGGUGGACGACCCUUUGUUUGUGGAGGUGCAGGCUGAGGACUUCUGGUACGAGGGGCUCAACAUGAGGACAGGGGCCCGGGGCGUGUUUCCUGCAUACUAUGCCAUCGAAGCCGCCAGGGACACGGACACGUACAAAGUGAAGAGCGGUGAGUGGAUGGACAGAUACCGACUCAAGUUCCUGGGAUCAGUCCAGGUGCCCUACCACAAAGGCAAUGACGUGCUCUGUGCUGCAAUGCAAAAGAUUGCCACAAACAGAAGAAUGACGGUGAAGUACAACCCACCUUCAUCCUGUAUUUUAGAGAUCAAUGUUAAAGGAAUCAAACUGUCAGUACAGGAGGACUACUACGCCUGCGACAGGAGUAAUGAGUGCAACCAUUUUUUCCAACUAAAAAAUGUGUCUUUUUGUGGCUACCACCCCAAGAACAGCAAAUAUUUUGGUUUCAUUACGAAGCAUCCGGCCGACCAGAGGUUCGCCUGUCACGUCUUUGUGUCUGAAAACUCCACCAAACCCAUCGCUGAGUCUGUAGGGAAAGCGUUCCAGCUGUAUUAUAAAGAGUUUGUGGAGUUCUCUUGCCCGACUGAGGACAUCUACCUGGAAUAGCCCCGCCUCCUC